AUGUCUCUGAGGCUGAGACACCACAGCAGAGGCAUAGUGCAGCAGGACAAUGCUAACUAUGAAGUGGGUGCAGGCGAUGCAGACUCAAGCUGCUCCUCAGGCCAGUUCACCUCCUCCAGGUCAAGCAAGGGAUACAGCAGUAGGACCGGCAGCAGGGAAGACUCUCAGGGGUCAUCCACCCAGUCAGACUACAAGGAGGAGGCUGACACUACUGCAAAUAGGACCCUUUCCCUCUCACCAAGCAAGAAGCCGGGUCUAACCACGAAGACAGAGAAAGCACGAACAUAUUCCCAUGUAAGCAUCACACUUUGGUGCAAAAAGAAGACAAACACUCUUUCAAGGAACCACAAGGCCUCUCGCUUCCCUCCAAUCAAGCCCCUGCAGGGCUCAAACCAGCGCACCAGUUCUGCCCACAGGCACCGCAUCAAGGAACUCAACAGUCAAGUGUGGGAGCUACAGCAGCAGUUGAGUGGUGUCGCCACAGAGAACAAGUUGCUAAAGCAGCUCCAGGGCCGCCACGCGGUGGUGCUACAGCGCUUCCAGGAUUCACAGAGUGGCCUUCCUCAGGUUCUGGCCAAGCACGGAAACGCGAUGCGCGCUCUGCAGGAGCUCCAGCGUAAAGCCCGCAACCGCCGCAACUGUCUAUCCAGGCGUCUGAGGGGCACAAAGGAGGAGCUGCUGCGCACCAAGGACGCUCUGUACCGGCUGCAGCUGCUCAGCGAGGACUGCAGCCUGGAAGAGAGGGAAGAGCUGAGCCACAGGCUGGCCCUGAUCACUGUGGACCUACACAGGAAGAACAAGAGGAUACAGGACUUAGAAAGGAAUCUUGAGCUGAGCCAGAUAUCCUUCAAUCAACCUCUUGCCACAGAAACAAGGAAGACCAAUGAAGCCAGAGAGCUGUCUGAUUACCUCCAGGCACAGAUCAAUCUGUUGACCAAAAAAAUCGAAGAAAGAGAGAGAGAAUUGGAGAUCCACAAAAUCUACUCACAUAGAUUUCCAAAAGGCUGGAACAGAAAAGGUACAACGACAUUAUGAGCUACUUGAACUUUUAACAUGUUCAACCCUUGAUCCAGAUCAAACAUUUUUUAAACUUGAGGAUUAAUAUAUUUUGCCAUUAACAGGAGCAAGAGAAACUAAAUCUGUUCAAACAGAUUACAUAUCCUCUCCCCAUCGAGGCUCCGUGCCAAUUUGAACUAGUCUAUGCCUGUUCACUCCAGCAUCUGAAGUUGGAGAAGCAGAAGAGUUUGAGCUGGGAGUCCUUUGCAAUUGGCUUCCCAGACAGAAGUGACACAGCAGACCCGUUAGUGGAUGACAGAGGAUCAUACGAUAAUGAGCAUUUUGCUGACGAUGGAGUGCUGCAUGGUGAUUAUGACAAGGAGGACCCACAACUUUAGGGUGAGGAGUAUUGCCUUGCAGAGGAGGCAGCGAGUUCCCUCAAGGCUUCAGAAGGAGUGCAAACAGCCAUUUGAAAGCCAGGUCCGGUACACUCUGGAUGACUUUCUAAAUACAGAACGUGCCAACAUGGCCCUCAAAUCCCCUCCCAGGACCAAGCACCUCUACACAUUCAAAGAAACCAUCCAGAACCUACACAGUGGGAAGCCUGCCUAUGCCAGACAUAGCCAAAGCCUGACAAAGAGCCCUCCUAAAUACAUCAAGAGCCAGGCCAGGGUGGAGAACCUGGGGUCUAGGGCGUAUGAGCCCUCCUUCACUCUACCAGCAGAGAAGUGCCAAAGGCGUGACACCAUGGACCCUCAACCGGAAGAUGGCGUAGUCCGCAGCAAGAAGAGUAUCUUGAUGAAAGAGCUUUUUGGCCAGGCCCCAAUCACUGAUCCAAAUGGCCAUGCAGAUCCAGAGUUCAAAGCACAGACCUGGACAGAACGUCCUCUUACCAUACAGAAGACGCUAGCCCGGUCUCACCUGGGAGACCAAGAUAAUUUUUUAUUGACCUAAGAAUUAUACAAAAUUAUAAUAUAUUUGUAUAAUUUGAUAAAUUAUUAUUUAUCUUCCAUGGCAACUCAACACAUUACUAAAUGGAGUAUUUGUAUUCUGACACUAUUGCUCAUGACAAAUUCCAAACUCCCUUGAAAUCAGAUUGUAAUAAAAGCAACAUUCAAUGAAGAUGCCACCUAUCCACAAUGGUACACAUAGUUUUUUUUAUAAAAGCCUCU